AUGCUGGCGGUAUCUAGUAUAGUUUUUUUCAAUUGUGGAAAUACCGAGCUACUAGAAACGUUGAGCAAUGAAUCUCUUUUACUUAUAUGCAUUUUCUUAAUGAUUUUGAUAUUAUCCUAUUUUACCUAUAUCUGUGCGGAAUAUAACUUGCCGGAACGUAAUAAUGGUAGAUUCGGUGGCUACUACAUAGAGUAUGUCAACUAUUUAUGGGUGAUUGGACAGUUCUUGUCGGCUGUCAAAUACUUACCCCAGAUAUCUUUAAAUUGGAUGGGUAUAUCAACCAAGGGCUUACCCCCAAAAUAUCUUAAGAUUUCAAUAAUAGCAACUUCGGUCUUACAAGCUUCUAACCUUCGCACAUUCAUUGAUAAUUUGGAAUUUUAUCAGUGGUCAUUUAAUCCAACUCCAAGGAUGGUCUCAUUUCUUCAACUUAUUUGGUUAGGUAUCAUUUACUAA